AUGUCGAUCACGGCCUCACAAGACCCUGCGUUGGUGACGACCGAGAGAGUGGCCUCGGUGUUUUCUGUUCUGGGGGCGGCAUUCAUCAUCGCGACGUUCCUUUCGGACAGCAAGUUUCGCAAACCCAUCAACAGACUGGUAUUCUUUGCGGCAUGGGGGAACUUGUUUGCCAACGUGGCGACGCUGAUCGCGAGAUCCGGCAUCAAGUUGGGGGUGACGUCGCCGUUGUGCCAGUUCCAGGGCUUUUUGAUUCAAUGGUUCAUGCCUGCGGACGCCCUGUGGACGUUUGCCAUGGCCUGCAACGUCUACCUCUCCUUCUUUCGACAAUACGACGCCUCGCAACUUCGAAGUCUUGAGUGGAGAUACUUGGGAGCGUGCUACGGCAUUCCGUUCAUUCCAGCGUUGGUGUUUCUAUUUGUCAGCUCUGGGGACCGGGGCAAAGUAUAUGGAGAUGCGGUCCUGUGGUGCUGGGUCUCGACGAAAUGGAACGCGCUCCGGAUUGCCACCUUUUAUGGACCAGUGUGGCUGAUCAUUCUUGUGACCAUGUUUAUCUACGUCAAGGUGGGCGUCGUGGUGUUUCGAUGGCGCAAGCAGCUCCUCUCCUUGAACCAGAGCGAGGGCAGGGCUGGUGAUCCGUCUCACGGCUAUACGAUGAAUCACCUCCCGACCUCUCCCACGACCUAUGAAGUGACCAUCAGCAGCCAAGUUCCUCACUCACCGGAACCGAAGCAGCAGCGACAGCUGGGCUCGCCGCGGAGUACCUAUCACGAGGAUGUUUCGCGAACAGGUGCCCACCACGAACGGCUUCCCUCCAUUCAACAGACGGCAUUUCCCCCAAUGAACACCAAUGUGGUGGUGGAGAGACCAGCGAUCAAGCCACUGGACGCGAACAAGGCAACUAUGAGUUACUGCAAGACGGCCAUGUUGUUCUUCGUCGCGCUCCUCUGCACAUGGGUCCCCUCGACCAUCAACCGAGUGUAUACCCUGGUUCGACCAGAUGACUCUGUCUUUGGUCUCGACUUUGCUUCUGGCCUGGUCCUUCCGUUGCAGGGAUUCUGGAACACCAUCAUCUACAUUGUCACCAGCUUACCGGCGUGCCAAACACUGUGGGAGGAGACCAGAGCCAAUCUCUUUGGGCCUCGAGGCGGUCGUCCAGAUCGAACAUCACCGGCCAUCGCGCUGUCAAAACACAAUCACCGAGUUCUUGGCUCCGACGACACGAGGGCGGAUAUCAUGACGAGCAUGGAUAGGAAGAACCAGGUGGUCAACUACAGAGGGGAGGACGACGACGAUAUGGGAGAGGAGACGACGGGAUCCGGUCCCAUGUUUACACAUGCCAGAUGA